CUCCCUUAUAUAAACCCACUAACAACACCUUCUCUUCCAUACCAAUUACCAAACCCUCUUCCUCAAAACACCCUUUUCUUAGCCACCAAUUAAACUCCCUCUUUUUCACAAAAGCAAUGAAGUUCCGAUCAUCAUCCGCCGUGUUAACCACCGUCCUUGUCACAUUCCUCCUCUCACAUCUAGCGUCAGCAACGGCCGUACCUGCCCGGACCGAUGCAGAGGUAAUGGGCCUGUACCAAAAGUGGCAGGCCCAUCACGGUAAGGCCCGUAAUGGGCUGCCUAGCCCAGAUGAUCAGAAAAGGUUUGAGAUAUUUAAAGAUAACUUGUAUUUCGUUGAUGAGCAUAACUCCGUGGACCCGGACCGGUCUUACAAAGUCGGGCUUAACAAGUUUGCUGAUCUUACUAAUGAAGAGUACCGAUCCAUGUUCUUGGGUAACCGGCCCGCCCGGCCCUAUACCCAAAGACAAAAGGUCAGUCAUCGUUACAGGCCGCGGCCCGGUGACCGGUUGCCUAAAGCCGUGGAUUGGAGGAAGCUUGGUGCUGUUAACGACGUCAAAGAUCAAGGCCAAUGUGGUAGUUGCUGGGCAUUCUCAACGGUAGCAACCGUAGAAGCCAUCAACCAGAUUGUGACAGGCAACUUGACCUCCUUGUCCGAACAAGAGCUCGUCGACUGUGACCGAGCCGUUGAUCAAGGAUGCAACGGCGGUCUCAUGGACAACGCCUUCCAAUUCAUCCUCGAGAACGGUGGUUUAGACACUGAGGAAGAUUAUCCUUACAAGGGUGUUGAUGGCCAAUGUGAUGCUAAUAGGAAGAACAAGAAAGUUGUGACUAUUGAUAGCUAUGAAGAUGUCCAGCCAUACAGCGAGAAAGCUUUGAAGAAAGCUGUUGCUCACCAGCCCGUAAGCGUUGCCAUUGAGGCUAGUGGCAGAGCUCUCCAGCUUUACCAAUCGGGUGUUUUCACUGGCCAUUGUGGGACGAACCUCGACCACGCGGUGGUCGUUGUAGGAUACGGAACAGAGAACGGAAUAGACUAUUGGAUAGUAAGGAACUCAUGGGGAAACGGAUGGGGGGAGGAAGGAUACAUUAGGCUACGCCGUAACGUCCAUAAACUCACCGGAAAAUGUGGGAUAGUUAUGCAACCAUCUUACCCAGUUAAGCAAACUCAGAACCCCAUCAAGCUUUUCUCGGAUAUCGAAAGUGAUGAAGGGAUUGUAAGCAGCACUUGAUCAAGGGAAAAAAAAUACUAGAGAUUAUUUAUGGAAGUUGCUAAAUUAAUACACUUGUUUAGCGAUCUUAAUUCAUGAUUAAUGAUUCCUGUUUUAGUAUUAUUAAUAGGAGCCUGCUGCAUGGCUAGCUGCCUCUAUUUGUGUAUAGCUUUAAGUUAAAUUUGCAUCAUCAGCUAAGGGAGGGGGAAAAAAAGCAGAUGUUGUAAGAUUUAGAAGUUUGACUUUCAGUUUUUAGUAAUGGAAGUUUCUUAAUUAAUUAGUCUUUGAA